AUGAAAAUAAUACAUGCACAUAUUAGUUUUGUGAGAGCAAAGGUUUAUUUUAAUAAUUUUGUUUAGCAAAGGCUUUUAGAAAAAUAAGAAAAGUGGUAAGAAGCUGUUUAAUGUUGGGAUGAAGGAAUUGCUAAAUUAAAAAGAGCUCCUUUUUUCCAAGCAAAAAAGGUACACUGAAUAAACUAAUAUGGUUAGCAAAAGCAUUAUAAAAUUUAGGAAAAUGGAAAGAAGCUACUGAAUGUUGGGAUUAAGAAAUCAAUAAAAACAAGAAUAAUAGAGUUUUUUAUGUUUGGAAAGGUAAUAUUAAAGUAACCAAAUAGCAUAGGCUUUAAAGAUUAAAGUCUUUCUCAGAAUAUUUUUUUCAAAGGGNAAAUAUAAGUCUUUGCAUUUAUAGUUUAAAAUAUUUCUUUAUUUUCAAAUCUAACAAUCAUUCAUUUUAUUAACAUAAAAUAGGAGUAAUAUUAUAUAAAUACUGUCUUUUUUUAUUAAUCUCUAAUAAUUUUAAUUAUAUUUUUGGGAUUCUAAUCAUUAUUGA